CAAUUAAUUUGACAAGGCGAUAGACCCAAUAUUUUAAAUCGACAUAAAAUUUUAUUCUGUAAACGUCCAAUAUGCCGAUGCCUAAGACAAUUGGUCAUCAAAUUAAGUUCGCUAAUACUUUAUCAGGAUUGAUCAGGCGAGGUUGGUGGGAAAUUCCAGAGAUUAUGGGUUCAAGUUGUAUGGCUGCGAUCGGAAUUGUUCUUGGUAUUGUUGGAGUCUAUAACUAUGAACAAAGAAAUGGAGAUAAUAAGGAGUUCAAAUCUGUAUAUAUGAUUAUGAGACCAGAUGAUCCAAGAGUCUGUCUUUUAAAUAAUCCAGUUUAUACAAAAUAUAAAAGAUUUUAAGUUUAGUAAAUACAGUUUGUAGACGAAA